CGUACAGUAAUACUGCCAAACAUUACACACUGUAGUCAACACACUGUACGGUAUAAUACGUGGCCUUUCAUUGCAUUCAAUGCACCGAUAAUUGAAUUGAAAUCACUAUUAGUUUGUCAUUGGAUUCAAUUGAAUGCAUAUUUAGUGCCCCGAUAUGUAUCCAAACGUAUUGAAUGGUGUCUUAUUAUGGACUUUAAUGGCAAUGGUAUGCAUCCGGAGUUCUUUUGCACUCUAUUUCCACAUCUCGGAGACUGAGAGGAAAUGUUUUAUCGAAGAAGUGCCGGACGAGACACUAGUAGUGGGCAACUACAAGUGCCAACUCUUUGAUCCGAACACCGGGGGGUUUAUGCCAUCGUCUCCGGGCAUUGGAAUGCAUGUGGAGAUCAGAGACCCGGAGGACAAGAUAAUCCUGUCGAAGGUGUACUCACAUGAGGGGCGCUUCUCAUUCACAUCGCACACACCGGGAGAGCACGUGAUCUGUCUUUACUCCAACUCUUCGCGUUGGUUCAGCGGCGGUCAACUCAGAGUCCAUUUGGAUAUACAGGUCGGCGAACACGCCAUCGAUUACCAGAAUAUCGCUCAAAAGGAGAAGUUAAGUGAAUUGCAGUUAAGGGUUAGACAACUGCUGGAUCAGGUCGAACAGAUCACUAAAGAACAGAACUAUCAAAGGUAUCGCGAAGAGCGGUUCCGUCAGACCAGUGAAAGCACAAACUCUCGUGUCUUGUGGUGGUCUUUGGGUCAGACCAUUAUCUUACUAUCGAUGGGCUUCUGGCAAAUGAGACAUUUGAAAGGCUUUUUCGAGGCCAAGAAGUUGGUGUAAAUUAUUAGAUCUUGUAAUUAAUGAUUAGUGAGUUUUGUAAUUAAUUUUGUUUUCAGUCCUUAAUAUAUAUAUGAAAUUAAUUUUGAGUUUUUGGUCAAAUUUUCAUUAAAACCACGAAAACAUUUGAUUUACUUUUAAGUAAUUAAUUCAUACAUAAAUAAAAAAGUUUUUACAAUAAAUA